GAUAACUCGCAAACAAGGAGUCGCGUACAUUAUUCUAGCAUCAUUCGUGGCUUGCCUUGAGACAGGCGUUUCGAAAUAUGGACGCUACAACGAAGAACGGUUAUGUUUCUCACUCAAAUGGAAACCACGCUCAUUCAAAUGGUUUUCACAAAGCGACCUCAAGUGCUAUCAAAAAUCUACCCUGGUACAACGUAUCGUACAAAACCUUGUUCGCUUUAAUCCUCGGGAUCCCUGCCCUAAUAAUCUACCUCGUUCGUCUACCGUGGUGGUUUUAUCCAGUCGUAGCGCUCCUGUGCGUUCUCCCGAUUUUUCUUUCGUUUAUUUUGGUUUUCAAUUACUUAAGAAUCGGGCGUCAAACAAAGCCGUCGAGGUUGGCCGAUUUUGUUGAAUUCCGCGAUGCCUCGUUUGGCAAAACGUACGCGUCGAAAAUGAUUCCUUUGGAAACGUUAGUCGAAGCUUAUGCGGACGAGAAGGUCGAUUUCAAGGGCGAUGUGUUAGAAUGUUUCGAGCAGCGAGAACGGUUCGCGUGUUUCGCUCUCACUUGGAAUCAUGUCAAAAUAUUUUGCUGUAAUUUUCUGCCUGAGUUACUAAGUCAUUCGCGCUUACAAGAUUUGGACCAAGUCCGAGACCACUACGAUCGCGGGAACGAUUUCUACGAGGCGUUCUUAGGGCCCAUGAUGGUCUACACGGCUGGAUUUUUACGCAAACACGGCGAUACUUUGGAAGAGUUACAAACUAAUAAACUGAACAAAGUCUGCGAUAAGAUCGCGCUGAAGCCUGGUGACAAGAUGCUGGACAUUGGGUGUGGAUGGGGAACGCUUGUGAACUUUGCGGCGGGAGAACGCGGGGCAAAUGCGGCCGGAGUAUCGAUCAGUAAAAACCAAGUUGGAUAUGCCAGAGGUGUUGCGGAAAAAAAGGACCUAAACGCGAAGGCUAGUUUCAUGUGUAUUGAUUACCGAGAUAUCCCGCAAGAGAGCUACGACAAAAUAACCUGUCUGGAAAUGGCCGAACAUGUUGGAAUACUACAUUUCCAAUCGUUCUUGUGUCAAGUCCGGGAUCUCCUUAAAGAUGACGGCGUGUUCUUUCUACAGAUCGCUGGCCUUCGUCGUGCAUUUCAGUGGGAAGAUUUCGUAUGGGGUCUGUUCAUGGAUAAGUACGUCUUUCCCGGAGCGGAUGCGAGCUGCCCGUUGAGUUUUGUCGUCCAACAACUGGAAGCGGCCGGAUUUGAAAUUGCCAACGUCGAGACCAUCGGGAUCCAUUAUUCCUACACCAUCCAUCGAUGGUACAAGAAUUGGGUGCGACCCGAUGUGAAAGCUAGCAUUUCGGCGAAGUAUGGCGUAAGGUUGUACCGAAUCUGGGAGGUUUUCCUUGCCUGGUCGACCAUUAUCGCCCGUCAAGGUAGCUCGACGUGUUUCCAAAUUGUCUGUCAUAAAAAUCUCAACGACUACGACAGGAGUAAGUACUUCUCCAUUAAGAAAGAAUAAAUUAUAAUGCACCACCGCUAAUAUAUGUAAGCCCUCGAAUAUUGGUACCGUUUUUGUGAAAUUUGAAUAUAGUGAAAAUAAAUAACGAAUUUUGGCUUUCAAAGGUACUGAAAUUAUAUUUGCCUCUCCACUUGAGAGUUUAUCUUAGUUUUCAGUCGUCUUUUCUUGUUUCCUAUACCGUCCGCCAUCUUGAAUUUUGUCUCACCAUAUGCAUAUUGCGUCACAAAGAAAGUAUGCCGGAAAAAGAUGGCAUUUGGCAAGUUUUUGAACGUUCUUUCGAACGAAUAGUCUUUAUAGUUAAUUGAGUUUAUCGUGUUACCAAGUCAACAAUACAUUGCUUCAUAUUGACGUUGUGAUUUGGCCAUGAAUAUAUUAUAAUUAAAUUUAUAGUAUAAUCAAGUUAAAUUUUCCCCCUUUCGUUACCACGUAGGAUUUGCAAAUAUUAAGCGGUGGUGACUGUUCUAUCCGAAUCAAUCAGAAUUUAAAUGUUAUGAGAAUUUUAGUUGUAGCCCAGUAGAUAUAUAGAUAUAUAUAUAGCCAAAAAACGAACUAUUUUUGUGAAGGUUUAUAGUUCAUGUAAGCUGAAAUUUACUAUUUGAAUUGCUUGUUAAUGUUAGCAUCUAAAUUUUAGUGGGCUGAGUUUGUAGAAUGUAGAUUAAAUUGGCAUUUUCAUAACAGGAUUUUGCAUAUUUACAAUUUUAAAGCAUUUUUCGUUGACUUGUGGGUUUAAUUAGACUUCAUUUUGUUAAUUUGCUGCCGAUUGAAGUAGUUUCAUAGAGUUUAAUCAUGCAUAGUUGAUAUGGAAAAUUGACAUAUGGUUAGUAAGGCCAGUUAAAAACUGAAGACUGUUUUACAAACAUGAUGUUGAAAAUGCAUCAACUAAGCUUUUAUCCCAAGCAAAAAAAUAUUGCAGUUGAAAACAGCCAAGUUGCUAUUGAAUAAUUGUUUCGAGACAAGGAAACAGAUUUGUUUAUUUAUUCAUUUAUUUAUUUAUUACGUUCAUUCGUGAUGAAAGUGCACAAAAAUUAUAUGAAAGUGAAAAAAACAUGAGACAGCAUAAAACCAUGCGGACUUUUCGCGUCCCUUUAUGGCUUGACGUCGUUUUCCAUUGUUACAAUGGGAUCAAGUACGGAAGUCCCUGUAAAUAUGGGGCGGGCUCCCCUCCCUUUAACUUGUUGGAACUGUUAAGAAUUUCAUCUAUACCGUGGUACAGUAUAAAGUGAAUCAGACGGGUCAUUCCAGGGGAUGUUGCUGGUUCAACUCCAAUAGGAAUGCAAGCUGAAACACUCAGACUGUCGUGUAUGGUGAAUUUCAAAUACCGUUCUGUUCGGUAAGACCUACACUGUAAUUCUACACUUUUUAAUGUAGUUUGUUUCUGUGGAUUGGUAAAAGUGAAAAUAAUAUGAUAUUGCUUGUAAACUCUAGCAUAGUGAGCUACGAGUUUGUGUUGAGACCGUAUAUAUUAAUAUUUCAAUUACUACGAAUAAUGAUUAUCGAAUCAAUGAUUCCAAUGAUGAUGUCAUUGGACGAUUGCUUCGUCAUGCCAAAAAUACAUUGUCGCAUAAACAUGAACAAAAAGUAAAACAAUGGCUUUCGCCACAUGGUUUAAUAGAAAAGAUGUUUGAAGAUUCAUUAGAAUUACAAUAUAACUUAUUAUCGUUUUGUUUCAGGUUUAUUCAGAAAUGUGGUCUCUCACCGUCAUGUGCGUAUUGUAUUUUUAACCAACCAACCAAUAGCAAUGUUUUAAGAAAGUAAUCUGACUUGGGUAACUUAAAGAUUUCUUAAAAUCGAAAACACAAUACGCACAUGACAACCGCGAAGUGCCACAUUUUUGCAUAAAAGUUGACUAACAUAGAUAAUGAAUUCUAUUGUUAUUCUAAUGAGUUUCGCCGAACCUAUUUAUAUUCUAUUAACAACACUUUCGUAGAUUUUCCAGACCAUAUAUCGAUUGACCAGGACUGUAGAAGUAGUUUACAAUUGCGUUAGUUUUUAAACGCCUACAGAAUGACUAUUAAAAACAAUCUAACUAUUGUAAAUCUUAGUAUCGGUGGACAAAAACAUUCUUAUAAUUAUGUGUAGAAGAUUUUGAACGGCGCCACGUUCGUGCAAAUUGUAAACUAUAACUUAUGGCAAACUGUGUUUCUGUGCAAUAAAAAUCUGAUUUUGUG